UCUACUCGUGAAAACAGAAUAAACAUCCCGGAGUCCUGGUACUGGUAUAAUUCUCGAUAAAAGAAGGAAUAUAUUAGACCUAACAUAGACUAGUGGCGACAUCUGUUAUGCAAAGUGCAUUAUUCAGAAUCAAGAGAUUAUCAGUAGUGUUAACGCGGACAUCUGCAAAGACUUUGACAUCAUCACAUGUGCUGAGUGGCAGCAUUAUGAAGAAGCAGGUGAAGGCCAUUAUUCCAGUCUUGGACUAUGAGCUACAUAAAGGACAGAUGGGGAGAAUAGGAGUUGUAGGAGGAUCUCCUGUGUAUACAGGGGCCCCUUAUUUUGCUGGCAUAGCAGCACUAAGAGUCGGUGCAGACUUGAGCUAUGUAUUCUGCUGUAAAGAAGCAGCUGUGGUCAUCAAGUCCUACAGUCCAGAUCUCAUAGUGCUGCCACUGUUAGAUCACAAGGAUGCCUUGGGUCAGAUAUCAGAAUGGUUGCCACGGUUACACAGUAUUGUUAUUGGUCCAGGUUUAGGAAGAGAUCCAGCAAUCUUGGAAAAUGUCAAGGGUAUUAUCAUGCAGUCAAUGGAAAGGAACAUUCCUGUAAUAAUUGAUGCUGAUGGACUGUUCCUGAUAACUGAACAACCUGAGAUUGUGCAGGGCUAUGGCAAAGCUAUUCUCACACCCAAUAUUGUGGAAUUUGAACGUCUCUACAGCAAGGUCAUAGGGCAUCCUCUUGAUAAGUCCAUCAGUGCUGAAGAUAAUACAAAGGAACUGAGUGAAGCAAUGGGCCAUGUCACUAUUGUACAGAAAGGUCCCCAGGACAUCAUUACCAAUGGAUACAAGACUUUGAUAUGUGACAACCCCAAGGGCUGUCCUCGGCGCUGUGGGGGACAGGGGGACAUCUUGUCUGGAGCUAUGGGGACCUUCCAACACUGGGCAAACAUGGCUAUGAAUAAGCCCGUUGUAAAUGAGACUGGCCCUGCACUAGUAGGGGCGUAUGCGGCAUGUCAACUUACAAGAUCUCUCCAGGUAAUCAGAAACAUUUCAGGGGAGGCUCCAGCACCAAGGCUAAUUGGCUGUAUUAGAAAUGAAUGA